GGUGUAAUAAGGCGCGAGCAUGGGAGUUUAACCAACAGCGCACUGUGUUGGAUGAUCGAGUGGACAAUUCGAACGUGCCAUAUACACGGGAAAUAUUCGAUGCUUUGUGUAUGCGUUACGAAGAACCGCAUGGCAACUGCCGUUGGGAUAGUCCAUCGUUUGUGGUGUUUCCCGAUGAUGCGCUUAAUUUAGAGACUAUCUAUGGCGCGCUGUACGAGUCGAAACCCCUGCCACCAAAUCAAAGCACACAAAAUCCACCACUAAGCGCUACAAAUUUUCUUUUCGAGCUGGAUAAGUUAACGCAACCAAUUAUAGCCGACGCCUUGGCUGCACGAAAAAUUCGUAACACCGGUCCAGUGACGGUGAAAGGUAAUCAGAUGAAAGUAGAAGUUCCGGUGGCCGUAAAUGCUAUUGAACUGAACUGA